UUAAGGUGGGCGCCCGCUCCCUGCGCCCGCCCGCCGGGAUGAGCGCGCAGUCCGCCAGCUCUCUCGCAGCCAGCCCCGGAGAAAGUGGCGGUCAGUGAUGGAGCUGCUGCCAUGACAACCCCGGCGGUCGGGGCCCGCGCGCGUCGGGGCUGCUCCCGGGAGGAAGGCGGCGCGGAGGCCGGGGGCGGCCGCUGAGCGUGGCGUCCGCGCGUCCCCGCGUCCGGUGCCGCGUCCCCGGAGGAGGCGGGGGCGCCUCCGCCAGCUCCCCGUGCGCCCGCAGCCUGCGCCGGGCGGCGUUCCGCGGGCUGGCGACGCGGGCCGGGCUGGCCAUCAGUCGCCGCCCGGGCUGCGGUGGAGGACGCCCAGCACCAACGGAUCCUCGGGCUGCGACGGCCACGUCCCCGCGCUGGAACUUUUGGCCGCCUUUGGGUUCCAGAUUCGAGACUCGGGCUGGUCUAUAAAUACAUCUGUACAUGUGUGUGAGCUAAUAAAACAUUUUCUCCUCUCCUUGAAGCAGCAGCCUUUUAGGACAUCUCCUUUAUGUCAGAGACACUUGCCUUGCUUCUUUGGGUUAUAAACUUUUGAUGCCAGACUCUGCAGAACGUGCCCAACUGAAUCUUAAAGUAGCAUCUUGAAGAGAGAGGCAGAGAAAGAGCAAUCUGUGACCUUCAUCCCUGCACCUUCCUUCUUCCUCUCCCUUCCCGGCUGCUUCCCCCCUCCCCAGGGGAGCGUCAAGAAAGCUCUUUUUGGAUGCAGGAGGGGGCAUCUGGUUCUGCUAGGCUGGAAAGCUGAGGCAGGAUUUGAGGAAGAAUCAUUAGGCUCCGGAGAGCCUGGACUCUUUUCUCCUCCUUCCCCCUCUCUGCUUUUGGCUUGCUCCAUCCCUUUCCCGUCUCCCCACACCACAACCCGAGACCCGCUGGUGUGCGGGGCGGGGGCCGAGGACCGCGCCGCUGCCGGAGUUCUGGGAAGUUGUGGCUGUCGAGGAUGGGGGUCUGUGGGUACCUGUUCCUGCCCUGGAAGUGCCUCGUGGUCGUGUCUCUCAGGCUGCUGUUCCUUGUACCCACAGGAGUGCCGGUGCGCAGCGGAGAUGCCACCUUCCCCAAAGCUAUGGACAACGUGACGGUCCGGCAGGGGGAGAGCGCCACCCUCAGGUGUACCAUAGAUGACCGAGUCACCCGGGUGGCCUGGCUAAACCGUAGCACCAUCCUCUAUGCUGGGAAUGACAAGUGGUCCAUAGACCCUCGAGUGAUCAUCCUGGUCAACACUCCAACCCAGUACAGCAUCAUGAUCCAGAACGUGGAUGUGUAUGACGAAGGCCCGUACACCUGCUCUGUGCAGACAGACAACCACCCUAAAACUUCCCGGGUCCACCUCAUAGUGCAAGUUCCUCCCCAGAUCAUGAAUAUCUCCUCAGACAUCACUGUGAAUGAGGGAAGCAGUGUGACCUUGCUGUGUCUUGCUAUUGGCAGACCAGAGCCAACUGUGACAUGGAGACACCUGUCAGUCAAGGGCCAGGGCUUUGUGAGUGAGGAUGAAUACCUGGAAAUCUCUGACAUCAAACGUGACCAGUCUGGGGAGUAUGAAUGCAGUGCCCUGAAUGAUGUCGCCGCACCUGAUGUGCGGAAAGUAAAAAUCACUGUAAACUACCCUCCCUAUAUCUCAAAAGCCAAGAACACUGGUGUGUCCGUUGGUCAGAAAGGUAUCUUGAGCUGUGAAGCCUCUGCAGUGCCUAUGGCUGAAUUCCAGUGGUUCAAGGAAGACACCAGGCUAGCCACCGGCCUGGGCAGCGUGAGGAUUGAGAACAAAGGCCGCAUAUCCACUCUGACUUUCUUCAAUGUUUCAGAAAAGGAUUACGGGAACUAUACUUGUGUGGCCACAAACAAGCUUGGGAACACCAACGCUAGCAUCACACUGUAUGAAAUAAGCCCCUCAUCAGCAGUGGCAGGGCCUGGAGCAGUCAUUGAUGGUGUAAACUCGGCUUCUAGAGCACUGGCUUGUCUCUGGCUAUCAGGGACCCUCUUUGCCCACUUCUUCAUCAAGUUUUGAUAAGAAAUCAUAGGUCCUCUGAGCAACGCCUGCUUCUCCAUAUCACAGACUUUAAUCUACACUGCGGAGGGCAAACCAGUUUGGGCUUUUUCUUUGUUUGCUUCUGUUCUUCUUCUUGAUUUCUUUUGGGGGAGUUUGAUUUAUUUGAUUUUUUCCUCUAGUUUGAAUGAGUGGGGUGGGGAGGAGGGGUGGGCAGGGUUCUACCAUGUGUAGGAUAAUCAUUCAUUGGUGUGUCCAAAAAUAGAAUCUGCCCCUGCUACCUUGGCCCUUCCCUUUCCUCUGCUCCUCUCCCCAUCAUCAUCACUAUCAACCUCCCCUCCCCCUACACACCAAACCAUAAGCUCCAUUUGGGCAAAAAUGUGCCUCAUGAUAAACACCCUGAAGACACAACUUGACUUAUAAUGUAGUGCACAGCAAGAGUUAUAUCCAAGUGUCCUAUUAUCAGUGUCUUUUAAGCUUUGGAUCAUUUUUCUUAUUAUAGUGUACAUAUCCCUCUCUUUAUGCUUAUUAUUAUCUAAUUACAUUCGGGUUCACAUCCUUUCUUUCUGGGAAGGUAUCUCAAUAUACCCAUGUCCAUACAUAUAUGUAUUUUAUUUUCUUGUCUCCUUCUCUAGCCAUUUUGCCCUAUUUGCUUUCUCUAUCAGCUAUAGAGAUUAGAGGUUUGGGGCUCUGCACACAACCUAAAAGUUAAAAAUUAGAAGUCACUUGACCAAAAAAGGGGAAAGCAUUUUGAGGAUAGUACUUCUCUUUAAAAACUGUUGUCUAACUCGUUAAAAAAUAAAAUCCACAGAUGGCUGAUUAUUUAGGGUUUAUCAAGCUAUUGAAGUAAUUAUAUGAUUAUCCAUCUACUCAAUUAUUUGAUUUAUCUCUCCCUCCAAUUAUCUACCCACCCAUCUUCCUCUGUAGCAAUCUAUUUACUCCAUGUAUCAAUCUAUCAAUGUAAUUAUCUAACACUUUCUAUUUCUUUCCCUACUACUCACUAUCAGUUCAUCACCAUAUUAAUUUCUAAUCAUAUCAGCUCUCUUCCAUUUUAUUUGUUUGUACUCUAUCUUCAGCAGACAUUGCAACUUCAAAAAUACCUAUCAACUUUCUUAUGAAAGCCAGUGGUCUUACAGGCUAACAACAAAGACAAGCAAUAUGUCAAGGACUCUUUGGAACGUGGUAUCCUAUCAUCCAAAGUAGAUGCUAUUAACAGUUGGACCAAAGUAGCAAUCUAAGGAUCAGUCACUCACUAUUCCCAGAAGAGACUAUGUUUCCAAAAACAUCUUCUUGGGAAACAUAUCAGCCCUGGAAAAGCCUUGAUCAAUACUGUGGUUUUUUGUUUUGUUUUUAUUUUUGUUUUUGUUUUCGUUUUUUUCCUUUCACACUUGAAGGACCAAGGGGGCAACCUUCAUGUUUUUCUCAGCCUUUCAAGAAAGUGUAUGUCGGGAACCUACGGGACUUACUCCAUGGAUGGCUUUUCUUAAUAGCAAGAACAUAGAGAGGAAACACAUGUCUGUCCCUGCAGUGUGAGGAGAGAAGUCCACCUGAGUGCAAUGAUUUCAGCUAUUGUCUCCUCCCUGCUCCAGUUUUGGUUUAAUCUGUUUGAAAACUAUCCUGUAAAAAGCUGAUGGAAGCCAAUUACAUGGCGGGUGUGUUGACAACUCUGGUAUUUGUUUCAGGAAGCUCUUCUGAGCUGAGGGCACUUGAGCAACUGACUUAAUUUCCAAGCACUUGAUUAACACAACACUGCAAACAGGAGGGGAACGUGUAAAUGACAUACAAUUUCCUCUGAUACAGGCUGCUUCUCUAGUAGCUUUGGGGAAGAAUACCCUCAGUGGUCCAUGUCCAAAGCAGUUCCAGAAGACAAACAAAAGCUGACCGGACUUUUCUGCAUCAUCUCCUGGGACCAGAAGGACUCGACGAGCAAGGGUGCCCGUAAUCCAGAAGAAUGAUAUUGAAAACCAUGCAAGGUUGCGCCCCUUUUUACCUGUGCCGCAAGGGCUGACCUACUAAGAGCAUGAGAAAGAAGCAUCAAUGGUGACUGUCUAACAGACCUGCCCUGCCUCAGUUGAAAAACAUUCAGAUCCACAGUCUAAAUAAAUAUGAGCUUUAUAGAG